AUGCUACGUAACACCUCCCCCCUCCGCCUCACUCACUCCACUCCACUCUACUCCCCUCCAUCCUCCCAACUGCAAAUGGUGCCCUGCUCGGGCCCAUCAAGGUCUUCGUGUACCGAGGCCUUGGACACGCGAAUGUCGGAAUUUACAAUCUGGCCUCGACUAGCCUCCUUCGGCGAAACUGACAGGGGAAGAAGAGACCUCCGGCCAGAAUGA